CCGAAAACCAGCAACAUGUUUAGUCUAAUGCUGCAGAGGCCUAAAACACCAAUAGGGGACCAUCCUGGCAUGAUACAUUUUGAAGCAGACGGCUCAGAACCAUCUUCCGAAGGCAACACUACGCGACUUCUAAUUUACAAGUUCGCAAAUGGAAAGGCAAUACCAGCGAUAACUCGAUUGGACGUGCACCUCGACCGGCCUCGGCAAACCUUUUUCUCUGGCGACGUGGUGAGUGGCGAAGUGAGGGUGCAGCUGGCGGAAUGUCUGACCGUUAAGGGCAUCAUAGUGCGAUUUGUUGGCGAGGCCUACGUGUACGUGCCUUCGGAUGAGCCUCCCCAGUGGGAUGUGCGACGGAUUGUGCAAUUGAAAAAAGCGUUCUGCGCCAAGAACAAGGUGCGGCCGUCGGCAAAAGGCGAAGGGAGCGACUGCAAAUUUUCAUUCACGACUCCCUCGAGCGAACAGGCGCCGUCCGGAGGCAACGGAUCAAUUUCAACGAAGCCCGUUGCCACUCCAAGCAAUUUGCCACAACAGAGCACUGGUACAAAGAACAAAAUUACAGCUCUGAAGAGCAAACAGCAGCAGGGCUCCUUUAGAUCGACUGAGAAAUAUUUUGAGCACAAAUUUUACGUGUUUGGACACAAAUAUAGCAGUGUAAAGGAGAACCUGUGGCCAGGAGAACAUGCCUUCCCUUUCCAAUACACGCUGCCAACAAAGCUGCCAACGUCGUUCCACGGCCGCUACGGCUACGUGCGAUAUUUUUGUGAAGCUUCCCUCGAGCGGCCUUGGCUGCCUAGUGUCAAAAGAAAAUCCUUCUUCAGCGUUUCCGCCAACGCCGACGUCAACCUUGAGUCGAAAGCCGAGAGUUCAGCCGGUGGGCAAAAGAGCAGCAACCAGUGCUUUUUCUGCUGCAGCCGCGGCACGGUGGUUGCAGAGGCCAGCAUCCCCAGACGAGGUUAUGUGCCUGGAGAGACGAUCCGCAUCAGUGCAGAAAUCGCCAACAUGAGCAGCAAUCCGGUCACGUCGACCGUGGCCAAGCUAGUGCAGGUGGCAACUUAUCAUUCGAGCAAGGGAUUUCGGCACCGCGUCGACGAGCAAGUCGUGUCUCAAGUGGCGAAGGGUGCUGUGCGCUGCGGGGAGUCGCGAUCGUGGGUGGACGUGCCUCUGCAGGUGCCCUCGCUGCCCGCCUCAUUCAGCCUCACCGACUGUUGCAAAGUUUUGGACGUCGAGUACCGUCUCGAUUUCUUGGCCGAGAUGACCACAAAUGAGGAGCCUUUGAUAAUCAACAUGCCACUUGUGAUCGGAACGGUGCCCCUGCAGAGAACGUUCAAGUCCCUGCAAAUGCCCGACCCCCUGCAGGGAUCGCCGCUAGCCAGGAUGACGAACCUGAAGUACAAGGGCUUCCCUGCCGUGUUCAGCAUUCCAUGCAUUUGGGGCGCCAAAGUUUUGGAGCACUAUUACCAUCGCGAGAUCCUGCGGGUCCACGAGGACGGCAUUCGCGUUUUCGUCCCUGGGGAGUCAUUUGCGCCCCGCUACGUGUGUUACCGGAGCAAGGACGACGAAGAGCCGCAAAGGGCGUCCGCCGAGCUGCUCACGAACGAACCAACCCCCAAAAAGCUGCAGAGGAGCAGAGCGGCCAGUCUGCAACCUCAACCGGCGCCCAAACACCUUGACGACAAAAGAAUCACCCGCUCCAGCGUCCACCUCUCUGUGCAGCACCAACCCAUCAACGACCCUAUCAUGAGGUCACUGGCCCAGCUGAAAACAUACCAAGAAUCGGCAUCGACCUCUUCGAACGCGACACCAGCGCAAGCCGAAACGCACUUCUCCAUGGAGACGACCCAUGCCAUGCUAUCACUGGGUCUCAAAACAGCCCCGUCUUCCGCGAGAGAGCGACCCUCUGCACGCCCCAGGAGUGGCGGAAAACCACCCAGACCUUGCUCUUCGACCUCUGACGGUUUUUGGGACGUCAAGGGUGGCGUCGCCACCAUAUCGGAGCGGCUUCAAACGGCGCCGGCCUCCAUGGACAACAUCGCACCAAAUCAUAUGAACUGCUAGAUUAUUUUUAAAGUUUGAUUUUUUUCUGUUUCAAUGAUGUUUUUUUCAUUCUUAUCGUUCGCAUUUUGAUGGAAAUGCAUUAAGUCUUCUCCUCAAGGCUUCCAAAUUAAAGUUAAAAACUAAAAAUAAAUACACCUAUUCAAAUUUUCAACUUUUAGUGUAAGAGGAAAAUGGCCUAACAAAAUAUAAUUGAAACCCAAUUAAAAAAUUUAUAAAAAAAUCUGCUUCCAUUAGUGAAACUCAAAAUAAAACACUUGAAGUAAGAAUCAUGCAAAACAUUACAAUUUUUCAUAAGCUUAAAAUUCCAAUUAUAAAAUUCCGAGGUCAUUAAUGAAAACGCACAAUUUUAAUGCUUUGGAGCACCGCGACGCCCACAGAACAAUUUAUAGGUGUUUUCGAUGUUUCAUUCACAAGCACAGCAAUUAAUAUUUGUGUUCUUUCCUCGUGAAUUUUAAUGAUCAAAGCGAGAAGCAAAUUAUUGUAUCUUUUCCUAUAAAAUAAAUUAACAGCGCCGUUGGAAUGUUCAAUACUCUAUUUAUAUCAAA